AUGCAAUUAGGGCGCAGCGCUGCAUUCCUGGCAAGUACUAGAUGCUCUGUUCGCGAAAGAAGAACUGCAUCGCCCUACUCGGUGGCGCUCCGGAUUUUGCUUGAGCAACGGCGUGAUGCAGAUCUGUGCAGACAGGAAGCGCGGUGGCUAGCGGACGAGGUGCGUGCACGGCACCGUUUGGCCUCUACAUCUGCAUGGAAUGCACAAGCUAUGCAUGAACUGAUGGAAAUCGCUCGGCGCGCAGCACGAAAUGAGCCACUUAGCUACGUGAUUGGCACCGGAUGCAUUGCUCUUACACUGGCUCAUGGCUUGCGAAUGCAUAAAGACGUUCAUAUCACGGCCGUCGACUGCGAUGCAGCAGCGCUGGAACUCGCACGUGAGAAUGCCAAGGCCCAUGCGCUUGAUGGUGACGACGACAGCGAUGAUGCACUUGUAUCUAUUCGAUAUGCAGACAUGCUCGAUGACCACAGUAUGGCGCUCCUAGGCUCAUUUGAUCUCGUGGUGUGUAAUCCGCCCUACAUUGCUGCCGAUGCCUGGCAGGAUCUUGACGCGAGUGUACGCGACUAUGAAUCACACGGGGCUAAUAUCUUUGAAUGA